AUGGAUGAACGUAGUGGAAAAGAAAGAGUAAAAUGGACAACCACCAUUAUUAUCAGCUCAUCUCUUAAGAGUUACGAGAUUGCAACUGCCCUGGAAAGUCGAAGCCACAAGGUUCGGUAUUCUGAUACACUGGAAAGUGGAUCAAUUGUAUUUUCUCUCUCUGGAGUUGCAUUUUUGUUGAUGGAUGCUAAGGAAUGUAUGACAUCAGCUGAGGAAAUAUUUCUAACCAAAAUCGACAAGUUUAUUAAUAUUCACCAAAAUAGUUUUUUGGUUCUAUUUGCUCCACUCCAUGGGCCUGAAGAAUGGAAUCUCAUGUUCAGAAUUCAUCAGAGAUUCUUGGGCAGUAAUUUACGAAUACUUCCUGUACACAACACAGUAAAUGCCAUUGACCUUAUGUGCACUAUAGCCAAGACUACCUCCAGACCACACAUAGACAGCAUCUGCUACAGAAUGAUAACAACUAAAGCUUACAUCAUAGAGCAGAGCCCUGUCUGGAGGACACUUCAGAAGAUAAAGCUGAGUACGGACUCAGUCAGUCCAGACUCACAAGACUGACCACAAGGGUCCUUUUGGAGGAAUAUCAAAAUAAUUUAACUCAUUAACUUGUAAUGUCCAAAUGUAAAUUUAAGGGCAUAUAUAUUUAAAAUAAUAUGUACACAAUUAAAUACUUUUUAUUUGGGGAA